AUGAUCAUGGCAUCGGCCGACGAGUUUUCGACUCUGGAACUCAUACGACGCUACCUUCUGGACGACUGCUUCGCCUCCACGGUAUCGUUUUCCGGCAGCCCGAUCGAGUCCCCUUCAUCCUUGUCCGACUCGUCUUCGGGCCUCAAGCAACCCGUGCCGAACUUCACGGGCCGGGCCCUGUCCCAGGACGAGCAGCCAGACGAAAUCGAGACGAAACCCCACAUCGCGGGCCCAACUCAUUUUCAGCACGGGCUGGGCCCGGAUGGCGGGCCCAGGUUUGGACCGUGCCGUAUGCCAGCCAGGCGAUUCCGGGGGGUGCGGAGGAGGCCGUGGGGCAAAUACGCGGCAGAGAUCCGCGACCCGGCCCGGAAGGGCUGCCGGGUCUGGCUGGGGACUUACGACACGGAUUUGGAUGCCGCGAGGGCGUACGAUUGUGCCGCCUUUAAGAUGAGGGGAAGGAAGGCCAUUCUUAACUUUCCGAUGGAUGCCGGGAAAAUAACCGGGCCGCCGGCCGGCUCCGGGAGGAAAAGGAAGAGAGCGAAAGUGUCGGGAGAUUGUGUCGGUUAUGGGGAAGUUGGGUGGGGGAUAGAAGCUGCCGACGAUCAAGUCAGAUCGUUUAUCGCUAGUAAUUAA